AUGCCGAUUAUUAGGCUAUUUUUUAAUAUGAUACAAAUCAUCCUCUUUUUAUCUCAUGGUAGGCAUGUUACUAUGAAAGGUAUUUUUCGUGAUGUGAUGUUCCUGAAAUCUUUCCAUACUCUCAAAAGUAACAAACCUCUCCACAAUAAUCCAUUUAUAGAGUCUUCUCGAUCCAAUGCUCCCAAAAGAUUUGGGGUCGAUUCUGGACCAGUGUUGCACAGCUUCUACGAUUUGUCUCUUUCCACACUACCAUUCUUUGCAUCACAGUACAGAAAGUCACAGAUAUUUACAGGACCGAGACAAGAGGAAAUGCAUUUAACAGUGUACGUGGGGUAUAUUGAGGGGCAUUUCAUACUUUAA